AUGGAAGCCAAAAUGGAGCUCGCACCUCUCAGACCGUGGGAUGAUUUUUACCCCGGAACGGAACGAUUCGCCAAGCCGGAGUUCGGUGAUGUGGCAAAAUGGAACAACAGAGUUAUCAGCAAUUUAAUGUACUACCAGACGAACUACUUCGCCGCGGCUGUUGUGGUUUUUCUCAUUGUUGGAUUCCUGAACCCAAUUGGCAUGUUUUUGGGAGGAACAGUCGUGACUUUGGUAUUCAUGGGUUCCGUGUGGGCCGGGGAGAAUCAAGUCACCAUCAAGAAUUUCAAGAGGAAGAACCCUACUCUGUUUGUCAUCGGCGUCAUGAUCACCAGUUACUUACUGCUGUCACUGUUUGGCGGCGUCAUGGUCUUCAUCUUUGGCAUCACCUUCCCUCUGCUGUUAAUCCUGAUCCAUGCCUCGCUGAGACUGCGCAACAUCAAGAACAAAAUGGAGAACCAGUUGGAAGGCGUCGGGAUGAAGAAGACUCCGAUGGGUGUCAUCAUGAAUCUCUUGGAUCAGCAGGAGGAGAGAGUCAACAAAAUUCAGGAUUUCAUCGAAAGCAAACUGAAGCAAUAA